UGACGCGUUGCGUUUAGCUUUAGCUCGAAGUCAGAAAUUCGCCGAUUUAUCUCAAAUUUUACCCCAAAACCAGGUUUAUCUGGAGUUUUUUAAAUAAUGUGAAGACAUGCGAAGACGUAGAUUCAUAAAUCGGAGGAUACAAAGCUAAUCGACCGUUUCAGCGGGCGGGAUUUAAAGAUUCAAGCACCAAAGUUGUUUCCUGCUUUGUGUCCCAGCUCGUGUCCUGGUCAGGUCCCCGUGGCCUCGGCAGCAUCAUGGUGGACAUCGCUGUGAAGAGCUGGGUGUGUCAGGGACAUCAGCUGGCCGACAUCCUGCGUCCCGUUCACGUCAAAGACGGUCAUGAAGAGGAGCUCAGUCACACAGAGGAGACAAACUGCGGCGCCCCGGUGCUGCUGGAGCAGACGGAGGAGGGCACUCCUUGCGUCCUGUUGCUCCGCUGCAUCCCGACGGCCAUCAGCCGCCUGCUGGUCAUCAGCGAGGCCCGAACCCUGGAGGUGUACGACGAGAUGGGAGAGUACUGCGGGACGGUACGGGGGGACAGAGACGACAGUGUCCAGACGGACAGCUCAGACAGAGGACCUUUCUACAGGAAACAGCUGAUCCUGGAGCAGCCGUCCUCCGCCUGUGAGCUGAAGCUGCUCUCUCUGGGGGGCCGAAGCAGCGUCCUGGUGUUUCGUGUGGUGGCGGCUCUGCAGCCGUGCGGUCCCCGCGGCGCCGGCGGCCCCGGCAUCGACCUGCAGCAGGUGCAGAGUCUGGUGGAGGACAUGGGAGCGAGUCUUUCUCCGGGAGCCCAGAGCCUCAUGGACAUGGUGCACUUCCAGCAGAAGAACCAGAGCGGCUCUCUGAGCGGCUUCCUGCCGCUGCUGAUGGGUGGAGGAGUUUUCUCCGCUCUGACUCGACGAGCCGACGUCUCUUCAGCCGUCACAGAGCAGCGCCCCCCGGCACGCUCCACGCCUCCGCUCGGCUCCGUCAGGCCUGCAGGCGAAGCUCCGCCGGCUCAGAACGGAGCGACGUCAGACGUCUCCUCCGUGUCCUCCGUCUCAUCCGUGUCCUCCGUCUCAUCCGUCUCCUCGCCGGAGCUGCAGCUUCCUGCCGUCAACAUCAACAACACAACGAGCGGCCCGAUGAGCCACGCCCAGCUGGCGGAGAUGAUGUCACACCUCCUGAAGGGCCAGGGGCCCGGCGAGGCCCCGAGCUGCGGCCCUGAGCUGCUGCCCGUGCUGCAGAGCCUCUGCGGUCAGGUGACCAAGCUGAGGCUGGACGACGCCGCGGCGCUGCAGGAGAACGGGAUGAGGAACGCAGCGUGGGAGUUGGACUCAGCCAUGGAGCGCCGUCUGGAGGAGAUGGAGAGGAGGCUGAAGGAGCACGUGGACCGCCGCCUGGACGCUCUGGAGGAGAAGCUGGAGAGGGCGCUGCUGAGCGCUCUGCCGCACGUCGCCCUCACCCAGCCAGCAGCGGCGUCCACGGGAGCGCCGGAGCAGACCGCCGCCACCGCGCCGGCCAUUCACUGAGCUCAGAGAGAACGAGUCACCUGGACGCCUCUCUGACCUCGAGUCCUGCUCUGACUCGACCUCUGAGUCACACACUAACAGCAGAAAAAGGGCUGAAAUGGAAACAAAAUGACACAAUAAUCACAAUAAUCUGCUGAAACGUAGAGCUGAGUUAAACUGCGAGCGACUCUUUAACGGUUUGGAGGAAAAUAACAAACGAAGGCGACACUGAAUAAACUUUUAGACUCUAACAUGGACUGUAAGAUAACAAAAAAGUCCUGUGUGUGCCUGCAGUGCAAUCUGGGAAAGUUUAUCCACAUGAAAAAAUAAAUGGAAAAAGUCAACAUCAAAUUAACCCUUCAAACUAAGACUCCUUUUCUUAUGCUGCUUUCAGACGACUUUCACAAAUUUUCAGACCUUUGAAACCAAACGGGUUGGGUUUGGUUGUGAGUGGACAGGUGAAGUGUUCCAGGUGUGUGUGCAGAAGGUUUAACGGAUUAAAAUGUGUUUUAAUAUGACUGUAAUGUAUGAAAUAAUGUACAUGUCUGUAACAUAAAGCUGCCGAUGACGUAAACUGAUGGUUUUAAUAACUGUGCUGACAGAAAUAAAAUAUAUUUAUACUA